CCUCCCUCCCCGGGCCUCUCUCUUGCGCUCUCAGACGGCACUCGCGGGCAGGGAGUCAUGUGCGGUCUCUCCGGGCGCGCGGCUCUGCGGGGGCUGAUGUGCCGCACGCGGGCCCCGGUCGCCAGCCUGCUUGCGCGCUCCAGCUCUGGAGGACCCUCCUGGACCCUGGAGCGGACCCUGGUUGCAGUGAAGCCAGACGGGGUGCAGCGGAGGCUCGUUGGGGAUGUGAUCCAGCGCUUUGAGAGGAGGGGCUUCAAGCUGGUGGGGAUGAAGAUGCUGCAGGCACCAGAGAGCAUCCUUGCUGAGCACUACCACGACCUGCAGAGGAAGCCCUUCUACCCAGCCCUCAUCAGCUACAUGAGCUCCGGCCCGGUGGUGGCCAUGGUCUGGGAAGGCCCCAAUGUGGUCUGCACCUCGAGGGCCAUGAUAGGACACACCAACUCGGCUGAGGCUGCCCCUGGCACCAUCCGGGGAGACUUCAGCAUCCACAUCAGCAGGAACAUCAUCCACGCCAGCGACUCCGUGGAGGGUGCCCAGAGGGAGAUCCAGCUGUGGUUCCAGAGCAGUGAGCUGGUGGACUGGGCAGACGAAGGCCACCACAGCAGCAUCUAUCCAGCCUGAGCACUCAGGGUACCCUCGGUCACCCCAGCAUCCACCCAGGACCAACUACCUCUGUCGACAAGACCUUGAGCCCACACCCAUGCUCUGCCCAUCUGUCCCAG